CUAACUGAACAGUACUGGAUCUGAUAGUGGGCUUUAAAGUAAUUUUGCUGAGAGUGAGGGCCCCUGCGAAACUCAAUACCGCAAUAUUAAUUGUCUGCGGUUUGCGACUUUUUCGGAACCAGCAGUUUUGACAGGGGAAGAAAGAUGUAUCUGUACCAGUAGCGAUAGUUACAGGGGGUUCAAAUUAGUGAAUCUCAGUAAUAAUUGCUUAUAAUAGAGUCCAAUUGAAUAGGAAUAGAUUGAGGAUAUAUAGCAAUUAUGAAUUCAACAACAUCAUUCAAAUCCAAUCCAUUAAAUAAGAUUAUAGGACUUUCUAUAAUCUUAUCAAUGGGAUUCUUAUUAGUUAUCUUAGCAGGAAUAUAUGGGAAUUGGUUCCCAAUUAUAAUUGGAAUAAUAUUUGCAAUUGCUCAUUUACCUGUUGUAAUUACUCAAGCCGUAUAUAAUUCUUCUGAUUAUGAUUUUAGUUUUGAUCCUGCAACUUCAUCAUCUACUAAUGUAGUUAAAGAAUUUGGACAAUUUCUUUCUGCUUUCUUAUUAGUAUCAGGAUUUUAUUUACCAGUAAUAUUACAUCAUUCAUUAAUUUUAACUAGAACAGCUAUGGUCUUGACGAUCAUUGGUGGUACAUUAAUUUAUGGUACAGUUUAUACAUUUAGUCUGUUCUUUGAUGAAAGAGAAGAUGAAGAUGAAGUUCCUGAUCUUGGAGGAGGAGUCAUUUAGUCAUAAAAAGUCUUACAUUUACGUAUUAUAUCUAGAUGGUAUAAAAAUUACAACAAUUGAUUAGUAAAUAUGGUUAAUAUACAAUUGCUAUUGUAACUAUUAUAGUAACUAUAACUAUAAUUGUAGUAACUGUAAAUAUAAGUAAUCAC